GGCAGAGGGACUGUGGAAGGUGCCAUGCCAGUGCUGGAUCAACACUAAAGGGUUGUGAAUGCGUAUUUAACAGCGAAAGAUGGUAUAACAAAACAUCCAGCUGCAAUGGAUGACCUAGACCACAGUGUGCUGAUAGCAGAGCAGGACUGGGACUGUUUCUAUACAGAGAGUGAAGAAUGCUCCAUUCAGCAGGCUGAGCUUGCAGCACUGGAUGACUCUGGUCUCAGUGACACUGAAGAUGAUAAAAUCUCAACCCAUGUGCUUUCAUAUCCUGCUCAGACCAUAGAAGAACAAAAACAGUGGCCAGCAGCAGAGUGUGAACCAGGACAUGCAUCAGAGAAAGCACAGAAAUUCACAGAAAACUCCGUCCUCAAAAACGAGUCUGGACAGACCUGUGAUACAACAUUGAAUGAGGAGAAGGUCACAUCCGAACAUUUCGGCCUGGAUCACAACAACAGUAAAGAAGAAAGCAGCCGAAUGGAACCACCACCCUUAGCUACAAAUAACUUAAAAGGAAAUAGUGAAAGUCAAGGUGAGAAUAAACCAAGCCAGGCCAAUAUCAAGUCAGAAGCAUCUUCACUGUGUCGGGAUACUAAGCAUGAAAAUGGGACAGAAAAUACAGAGGUGACAGACAGUUUACCACUGCUGAGAAAAGAGAAGGAACGUUGGUUUGUUACUGUGAAUGACAGCCCGGUUCGUCUGAGAGAAAAGGUUGGCACUUCAGGCCAAAAAAAAAUAAGAAAAAAAAAAACUUCUAGAAACGGGAGUCAGCAGAGUGCAGCCAAUCGUGAGAGGCGCUCUUCUGUAAAUAAUACAUAGGAAGAGAAAGAAACUUUUGAGAGGCAAUCAAUGACAGAGAAAUUCGAACAACCUCCCAAAAGAGAUUCUACAGACUUACUAUCCACUACAUAUCUCAACAAUGCUCAUAAAGAAAAUCACUUAUCUAACUCGCACAAUAUUCAAGAUCUUCAAAGUUCUUCAACUAUUGGACCUACACCUGAUCAUUUAAGCCACUUUAUUAAUCACACAGAGGAGAGAAGUCCCAGAUUUAUUUUGGGUGCCUCCACAACACUUUCCCCUGCCGAUAGUGAGGGAGAAAGAACAGCACAACAAGAAUUAUUCGGACAAGAAUCAUCUCCACAAGAGACGGCAUGUUUAGAAUCCUCCAGUAACAGAGCUCAGACUCCAGAUGAAACUUCAGGUCCAACUCGACCCAUAUUUGCCAUGUCUUCCUUUUGGGAUGAAAUGGAAAAAUGGACGAUUCAUGAUAUUUUGGAACUCAGAAUAGCAAAUAACAAACCUCUAUCGAAAGAAAGCUUUAUUCCAGAGGAAGAUGACACUUUGGACACCAUUGAUGCUCAUGUAGAUCAGGUGGAUUCCAAAGAUGAUAACAUAGAUGAUAGUGGCCUGAUAGACGACGCAGCAGAUUCUGACUAUUUCACAUAUCUUGAUGACUGUAAACCAGACAGAUCAAGCUGCGAAUUCUCAACUUUUUCCGAUUAUGAUAAAGAGUUUCUACAACUUUGUGGAAGUACAAAUCCCAGCCCUGUACCCAGUAAAAGUAAUGAGCAAAAACAAACCUUUCUUGAGCCUACAUGUGCAAGAAACCUUUGUCAAGAAAACUCAGACCAAAUUUUGCCGAGCUAUCAAAGUGAAUCAAAUGAGAUCGUGAGAAUGUAUCCUGAGAGUGAUCUACCACUCUUUAUGUAUUCGGAGGUAGAAUCUCGGACGCAUGAUGUGCUUCUCAAAACGACUCAAGACAACAACACGAGUAGCUUUCUGAUUGACCACUGUGACAUCAGGAGAUCAUCACCUUCACCGGUUUUAUCCAUGUCUGAUGUUUUAGAUGAUCAGCGCCUGAUGUCUUUCUUUGAAAUAUUGAAGGGCGACAAAGAUUCAGAGCAAUUCCAGACAAGAACCAACAUUUCCGUUUCAUGUCCGUUUUCACAAAACCUACAAUCUGUGCCGGAGACUUACAAUGACUUCUCCGACUUUGAGGUCGGGAAUUUUCUCUUUCCUUCAGUUAAAUGUAAAACACAAUUUGAGAAAAACAUGGUUCCUAUCUAUUCUUCUUCUCGGUCAGUGGUGAAAGAUUUAACAUUUCCCGAGGUGGAAGAAAUUAUGCAGUCGGACAGAGAAGACGAAAGUAUGCCGAUUCGAGUUGUAACUCACUUCAGCGGCCAGCAGAAGUGUGCAAGCCCUUCAGGAACACCAAACCUGUGCUUUAACACCAACCAGAGAAAUACCUGGAGAAACCUUUCCAUGAGACGAAUCAAAUAUUCUUUUAUGGGGAGGACCUGGUGUAGGAUGGCCACCUCUCGGGGUUCUCGAAAGAAUUCAACAGGUAACACAGCCUAUCAAGAAAAUUGGGACAUUUCAAUGACAUCAAAUUCUUCUAAAGCUCACCCAAAGCUGCCAGUCCUUCUCCUGGAGGACCAGGCCCUUCAACAUUCGACAGAACGGGAGAUAUAUUUAGAACAGACUGUCCGAGGACCAGUUGUAGAGCGCUUUUUUUACACCCUAAAGCAAGCAGACAUGUGUCUUGUAUGCAUUGCUUUCGCCUCUUGGGUAUUAAGGUCAACCAACCCACAAUCUACAGACAUGUGGAAAGCAGGUAAGACACAAUGAUCAGUCGGUUAC